UACAGUCUGCCUUCCCCAGGAACGCUUUGUUGUAAAAUCACAGACAUGUUGUCACCGGGACUGUGUACUUUGUUCUGAAACAUGACCUAAAAUAUAAGGUGAUCGUCACUGGAGAGACCUGUUUCACUGAAGACACCUGUUUCACGAGGUCAGGGGUGAAGGAUUAAGGAAGUGUCUUGAAAAGGUCUGACAGAGAUGCUGUCCAGUGUGGCAGAGGAGGUGAGGCUGUCCAGUGUGGCAGAGGAGGUGAGGCUGUCCAGUGUGGCAGAGGAGGUGAGGCUGUCCAGUGUGGCAGAGGAGGUGAGCCUGUCCAGUGUGGCAGAGGAGGUGAGGCUGGCUAUCCACAGUGACAUCAGUCGGUCUGAAGUCCUCUACAGCCUUCUCAGUGCCCCCUGGCUACAGUCCCUACUCAAGAUCUAUGAGUGUCUACAGAAGUUCAGAAGGCUUCCACCCAGUCCCUACCUGCCCUAUGCCUCUGGUCUCUCUCAUGAGAUCCUGUCCAACAUCAGAGCAGUACCAGCCCCGUCCCCAGAGGCCAGACAGCUCUAUAGUCUACUGAAGUCACCCCAUCUACAG